AAGACAUUUUUCUGGAGUAAAUGCUAAUGUAUGCUUCUACAGUUUCGCCGGUGACGAUGCCCCCCGAGCUGUUUUCCCCUCCAUUGUCGGUCGUCCCCGUCACCAGGGUAUCAUGGUCGGGAUGGGACAGAAGGACUCCUACGUCGGUGAUGAGGCUCAGUCCAAGCGUGGUAUCCUUACCUUGAAGUACCCCAUCGAGCACGGUAUCGUUACCAACUGGGAUGACAUGGAGAAGAUCUGGCACCACACCUUCUACAACGAGCUCCGUGUUGCUCCCCUCAACCCCAAGUCCAACCGCGAGAAGAUGACCCAGAUCGUUUUCGAGACCUUCAACGCUCCCGCUUUCUACGUUGCCAUCCAGGCCGUCCUUUCCCUCUACGCUUCCGGUCGUACCACCGGUAUCGUUCUCGACUCCGGAGACGGUGUCACCCACACCGUCCCCAUCUACGAGGGUUACGCUCUUCCUCACGCCAUUCUCCGUGUCGACUUGGCUGGUCGUGACUUGACCGACUACUUGAUGAAGAUCCUUAUGGAGCGUGGUUACACUUUCUCCACCACCGCCGAGCGAGAAAUCGUCCGUGACAUCAAGGAGAAGCUCUGUUAUGUUGCCCUUGACUUCGAGCAGGAGAUUCAGACCGCUGCUCAGUCCUCUUCCCUCGAGAAGUCUUACGAGUUGCCUGACGGUCAGGUCAUCACCAUCGGUAACGAGCGUUUCCGUGCUCCUGAGGCUCUCUUCCAGCCUUCUGUCCUCGGUCUUGAGGCUGCUGGUGUCCACGAGACCACCUUCAACUCCAUCAUGAAGUGUGAUGUCGACAUCCGUAAGGACUUGUACGGUAACAUCGUCAUGUCUGGUGGUACUACCAUGUACCCUGGAAUUGCCGACCGUAUGCAGAAGGAGAUCACCGCUCUUGCCCCAUCAUCGAUGAAGGUCAAGAUUGUUGCUCCUCCCGAGCGCAAGUACUCUGUCUGGAUCGGUGGUUCCAUCUUGGCUUCCCUCUCCACCUUCCAGCAGAUGUGGAUCUCAAAGCAGGAGUACGACGAGUCUGGUCCUUCCAUCGUCUACCGCAAGUGUUUCUAAGCGUCUUGUUCGGUGUUUGGCGGUCAUGGUUAGGAUUAGUAUACGUAUGUGCUCAAGAUAGGUGGGGGUGCAGGGAUGGAAAUGGAGGUGUUUUAUUAUCGCUGUAAAAGAGUGUUUUAUCCAGAAUUCAAGCUUUCUCGUUUUUAUUCAUUCC